CUGCGGCCCUCACGCGCGCGCGCUCGGCUCCCGGCGGCUCUCGCCCUCACCCCGGCCAUGGCGGGCGUCUUCGACAUCGACCUGGACCAGCCCGAAGAGGCGGCCUCGGACGAGGAGCUGGAGGAGGGGGGUCACUUAAGUGAAAGCAUGGACCAUGGGGGAGUUGGUGCGUAUGAGCUGGGCAUGGAGCAUUGUGAAAAAUUUGAAAUUUCAGAAACAAGUGUUAACAGAGGUCCUGAAAAGAUACGCCCAGAGUGCUUCGAGCUGUUGCGUGUUCUUGGGAAAGGUGGCUAUGGAAAGGUUUUUCAAGUUCGAAAAGUAACGGGAGCAAAUACUGGGAAGAUUUUUGCCAUGAAGGUGCUUAAAAAAGCAAUGAUUGUUAGAAAUGCAAAAGAUACAGCUCACACGAAAGCCGAACGGAACAUCUUGGAGGAAGUCAAGCAUCCGUUCAUUGUUGACUUGAUAUAUGCCUUUCAGACCGGUGGAAAACUCUACCUUAUCCUUGAAUAUCUCAGUGGAGGAGAACUGUUCAUGCAGUUGGAGAGAGAGGGGAUAUUUAUGGAAGACACAGCUUGCUUUUAUUUGGCCGAAAUCUCAAUGGCUCUGGGGCACCUGCAUCAGAAGGGGAUCAUCUACCGUGAUUUAAAGCCAGAAAAUAUAAUGCUCAACCAUCAAGGUCAUGUUAAGCUUACUGAUUUUGGACUGUGUAAAGAAUCCAUUCAUGACGGAACUGUCACACAUACGUUCUGUGGAACAAUAGAAUACAUGGCCCCUGAAAUCUUGAUGAGGAGUGGGCACAACCGUGCUGUGGACUGGUGGAGUUUGGGGGCGUUAAUGUAUGACAUGCUGACUGGAGCACCCCCAUUCACUGGGGAGAACCGAAAGAAGACCAUAGACAAGAUUCUCAAGUGUAAACUCAAUUUACCGCCCUACCUCACACAAGAAGCCAGAGAUCUGCUUAAAAAGCUGCUAAAGAGAAAUGCUGCCUCACGCCUCGGAGCUGGUCCUGGGGAUGCUGGAGAGGUUCAGGCUCAUCCUUUCUUCAGGCAUAUUAAUUGGGAAGAGCUGCUUGCCCGGAAGGUGGAACCACCAUUUAAACCAUUAUUGCAAUCUGAAGAGGAUGUGAGCCAGUUCGAUGCAAAGUUUACCCGGCAGACUCCCGUUGAUAGCCCAGACGACUCGACUCUCAGUGAAAGUGCCAACCAGGUCUUUCUGGGUUUUACAUAUGUGGCUCCAUCCGUACUUGAAAGCGUAAAAGAGAAGUUUUCCUUUGAACCAAAAAUCCGAUCACCUCGCAGAUUCAUCGGCAGCCCAAGGACACCAGUCAGCCCUGUAAAGUUCUCAUCUGCGGACUUCUGGGGACGAGGUAGUUCUUCCAGCGUGACAAAUGCGCAGGUCCCAGUGGAAUAUCCGAUGGAGACAGGUGGGAUCGAGCAAAUGGACGUGACAGUCUGUGGAGAAGCCUCAGCUCCACUUCCAAUCCGACAGCCAAACACCGGGCCAUACAAAAAGCAAGCCUUCCCCAUGAUUUCCAAGCGGCCGGAGCACUUGCGCAUGAAUCUAUGACAAAAUCAGCGGCAAUCAUUUCCCACAGACACUGCUCGGGCGGCAAAAGGAACGCAAGAAUGAACCUCUGGGGGGGCAGCCCCUUCCCAUCACGCCGAAACAAGAGGGCUCUUGAAGCUUUUUUCCUCCUCAGUGGUGGUAUCAAAGUCAGUAAUUGCACAGAAUAAUGGACUGGGAAAAAGAGCGAAACCCGUGGAUCUCCCUUCCCCUUUCUUCUCCUUGGAAUCAGUGGUGCAUAACGUGAGGACUUAAAACGGGGUCCUUCAACUCUUGCAGUGCAGCGGACAGGCAGGCAGCGUGGCGCCCUUUCUGCUCUCUCCGGGUUUCUUCCGGAUCACUUGAAGCUGGCAGUAUUGUGGGCAGGACGCAGCUUCUGUGUCAUCGCAGUCGAAGGGUCACCCCGUCUCACGGGGUGACCGUGCCCAAGGACUGAUUCCCGUGUGAGCUUCUCUGGAUGGCUUCUUGCAGUGGUGUAAAACUGGAGGUCCAAGACAAACUCCCCCACAUGCAAAAACUAAAUGAAUCUUUUUUAAAAGGAAAUAUAAAUAUAUAUAUUUUUCAAAUAGGUUUUUUUCCCUUCCUUUUUUUUUUCUCUCAAGUUGGCUUGUAACAUUGGAACAUAUCUCAUACUUGGAAAAUAUGGAAUUAUUGGUUUGAUGCAGCGAAAAGAAAAGAAAAAAAGACUCUCAAUUGGUUUGUCCUCCUAGUGAAAUAAUGUUUUUGUAAAAAAAGAAAAAAGAAAAAAGAAUAAAUAAAUCACUGUUGAUUAUGUUACUGGGAUUGGGGUGGGUGAGAAUUUACCCUGCCCGAUUGUGUUUCGAUGCCUCUUGUUAAGAAGUGGAUCAGGUUGUGUGUGCUAAAAACCUUGGCUGCCGUGGAAGCCUUUGCGCUCCUAUCUUGCACCUCUGACGUUCACAUGGAGUUUCCUGUAGGCAGAGUGUUUCUUCCUGCUAGAUCUGAGGUAGCUUGCUUGCUGCCAUGGGUUUACAGUGCGGUCUUGCAUUUUCAUCCUUCUCAGCAGAAAACUGCUGGUUAAAAGCAUUUUAUAAUUUCAAAGACACCAGAACAUGUUCAGAUUAUUAAGCCAUCAAAAAAUGGAGGGGGGGGAUGGGACAGUAAGCGUAUCAGAAAGGGUCACAACCAGGUUGUAGCAAUCAGAUUGCUACAACAGACUGUUAACAGUUCUUAUUUUUAUAAUUUACAAUUAUGCUGGUCUUGCAGCUAAGUGGUAAUGCUUGGAAGAAAUGGUCUUCUCCUAUCUUUGCUCUACUCCUUGUUUCCAUCGUGAACUACAGUACCCGUCUUUUCCUGUGCUGGGGCAAUCCAUCUGCUGAUUGUAUUUAAAACAACACACAAAAGUAUUACGAUGGCCUUCAACGAAUGUCUUCCAGAGAACUUUUGCAAUUUAAUUUUAGGAAACGUUCAAAGGGGUUUACUAUUUAUGUUUUCUGCGAUUGUUACUGAAGAAACAAACAAUCUGUACAAAUGACUUUACAGGUACAAAGAAUUAAAUAAAGGUAUCUUUACCUUAACUUAAAAUCCUUCCUGCCUUAAAGAAAGCAUUUCCAUGGACAUAACCGGUGAAAGGGUUAAUGAGGGUUUGCAGAGCUUUGCGCCAGUGUAGUGUGUGUGUGUGUGAGCGAGCGUGUCUGUGAACAUUUGCAUAAAGGUGCCGCCGUGUACAAGCCUUCCUGACUUGUUUCGCGUGGCACGCUUCUGUCUGUGCAAACUCUGCUCCUUCGGAGCAAACUUCUGUUGCUUCUUGAUUUUGAUUCUUGAGCCAUAGGAUCCAAGCCAUAACUUUUGCAUUGUUGUUUUCUUUGACUCUAGUUGGAGGCUUCCCCCCAAAACGAGGUAGCUUGAAUGAAAGAUGACCUGCUGUUAAGCUCCAUGAGUUGGAUCCUGUUUUGGAUCCUGGGUAUCUUUGGAUUCCGCCCACCCACCAAUUGCACUGCUCUGCACUGCAUCCUGUGCUGUAGGUAAGAAGGCCAAGCAGGGCUCCAGCUGUAGACUUCGCCACACACAGCUUCCCUCCCCUCCCCUCCCAUCUCCCAAUUUGCACAGUUUUACUUUUAAAGCGGGGGAGAUGGGCGACACAGUCCAGUAGAAGAAAGGGGACUGCAUGGGAAGUGUGAAGAAUUAAAUUGGCUUUGCUGUGUGCCAGCCACUCAGUUCCAGUAACGGUCAGAUGGCUGAACCAGGAAGGGAGGGUGAACCCGAUCUGCACCACCUCCACGGAAGUGAGCCCCCUCUCCCCGCACAAAAUAUCAAGACUGUUGCCACCAGUUACCUGCAUGGUGCAGAUACACCUAUGUACCUGGACCAGUGCAGGCUUUCACUGUGGCAACAGUCGAGACCAGAGCUUCGAAGCCGAGCUGGACCACGCCUGAAGUUCAGCAUGCUCCGAGGAGCAGAAUUGCAGGUGCGCAAGCCACAUCGUGUGUGAGUGGGCCCUUCUGAGCACAAGCCUCACGGUGCCAGUUCCCUCCUACACACACACACGCAUGCGCCCUCUUGUGGGGGCAUCUCUGAGGCAGGUUAAACGUGGAGUGUCUGCAUCGGUCGGCAUGUGUGGAUGUGAAGGCGGCGCUGGGCAUUUCGGCUGCCACCCUUUGGUGCCUCUUGCCACCGGACAGUAGCUGGAUUGUACCUUGUAUGUGAUACGGGCUCUGGAGAACUUGGGCUGCGUUUUCCUGCUGGUUAGCUUUGCAGGGAAAGCCCCCCUCAGGCGACUGGAACGCAUUCGGAUUCCCCAGCAGCCUUCCACGGUGUGGUGCUGUCUAAUGUGUUGAAGGGCAGCGCCUGUCGCUCCCAGCCUGGCGCUCAAGGGCACUGUGCCGGGGGAAGGUUCCUUAGACAGCAGGCUGGACAGACUGCCUUCCGCUUCAGCAUGAUAGACAGUGAAACAGCAGCUGCUCUUGCCCAGUCCGUCGAGAGACAAUCUCACUGGGAGCUGUGGUGAUGGCUGGAGCUUCUGUUUGACUGCAGAAGUGCACAAUCAUUUGGAUACCGUUCCCUAGAGAUGGGCAGUGUCCAAGCCCGGCUGGAAUUGAGCUAGGAUUCUUGGGAAAGUCCAACUUUGCAAUGAGACCUCUUGGAUUUCUCCCUGUCUUGUUCCUAAAAUGGGAUAGCCAUCUCCUGUGAUCUCACGUACGUGUGUGUGUGUGUGUGAGAGAGAGAGAGAGAGUGUUACCGUUCUUCCGCUAGAUAGAACUAUCUCAGCCUUCCUCAGCCUGGUCGGUUGGCUGGGGAUGAUGGUAGUUGCAUCCCAACAUGUCUGAAAAGAACCAGGGUAGGGAAGGCUGAUCUGUUGGGUGGCAAGUAGCUGGUACAGCUGACAGAAAGUGGCACAGCAUUUUUGAGUCUGCUUUGCCUGACACGAUCAUUUCACUAGAAGUCAGCUUCACAUGUUAUUUUUAUCCUCUCUUUAACUGUGAAACCUCUUUGGAAUCGUGACUUUGGAUGGCAAGCACACACUAUGCAAUAUGGUUUACGCUGUAUUUAUUUGUAUAAAAAUAAAUAUCCAAACCUUGAUUCUCUCCCUCCUGUAUAUAGCUGUUAGCAUUAACUAAUAUUAGGGGAUGGGACAGUAUUCCUUGUACAACUUCAGAAAGAAGGGGAGUAUAUGAAAUGCAGUGGCUAUUGGAGAACUUAAGUGCUUUCUUUAAAAAUAAAUGUCUUAAAUUUUCAUUAGGAUAUAGUAAUUAAGAUUUAUUUUGUACAAGCUGCUUUUUUAAUUAUCUUUGGAUUUUUGCUAUAAUUUGAUUUUUUAUAGAUUUUUGUACCAUUAUAUUAAAUAAUAACUGGGUUUGAAACAUGCUGAAGCUAACUACAUGUUUUAAGUAUUAAAUCUUGAUAACUUGAACUAUGCUUUAUUUCCACUAGAUCCAUGGUAUUGAAAUGAAAGCAGUGCAAAUUGUAAACUGCAAUUCAUGUUGAAGCCUAAGGAAAUAAAUAGGUUGGCUGGGUGAAGGGCCCUUCCCCCAGUGAGGUACCCAGGAAGGGGGUGGGGAGCAGGAAGGCGGUGUUAAAAUCAAGACCCUUACCUUUCCUUGUCAAAUGAAUGAUGUAAUUACUCUGUGAUAUGUUUUAGGGAUCUCUGGUGGGCCACUUCUCUGGCUGGGUACCAGCCACCCUUAGACCGCCUCGGUUAACUUCAUCCCGUGUUCUGAGCUUACCAAGUUGCCUUGUCCAGUGGGCCAUUCCUGGGCCAGGCUCAUGAACCCUCACCCCCAGCUCUCCCCGGCUACUGUUCAUGGUUUUGGGUUUGUUUGUUUUUUAGUAUUGCUUUUGCAGUUUGGAGUAUCUUCGCUUUCAUAGGUGUAAAGCUAUAGUGGCAGCGUGGAUCUGGCAUGCAGGGGGGAAUAGGGACGGCGCUUCCUUCAGGGCUUGAGCGAGCUGUUCCACUAAGGCUGUGCUUGCCAGUAAGCCAGAAUGCCGGCUGAACUGGGCUUCGUAGGCUCAAUUUAUGGGUAGCGCCUCUGUGCUACCGAGGAUGAGGGAAAGACAGGCGAGUCUGUAGCAUCUUUCUCCAGGUGAGUUCCUUAUUCCUACCUGUUCCAGAUGAUCUAAGACUGUCACAUAAGAACAUCAGAAGUGCAGCAACUGUAUUACACUUGGGAAACCCAUCGGCUGCUAUAUUCUGACUCUGACCUCUGUAGCAAUAGAGGACAGGGUCAUAAUAUGACAGAUCCCCACCCAGCACCAUUAAUCUGCAAGCAUCCACUUCAGGGCAAUCUCUUGCAAGCCCUGCCAAAAUGAACGGCCAUUGCUGGAUGGGAGUGACCGGGGAUCGUCUUGGAGCCAGUAUAAUGUACGUUCCACUUAGAAUAUAUUGCGGGGUGUGAGCAGCUGCAUUUCAGCUUUUGGAAGAAGGCCAAAAGAGAGUGCAGGCUUCACAUCUGUUUUGAACAGCGCAUAUUGCUUGAGAAAUGAACACUUCCACUCCGCAUGUCUGAUUUGAGGAAGGAAAGGGGACAGGGGUGGCUUUUAUCUGUAUGCUUCAAGAAAAUGUUCUUUCUACCAGGCUUUAGCAAGUUGUGUAGCCAUCUGUAAACAAUCAGACUACAGCUGCCUUACUGGGAAUGGUAUGAGGACAAGCAUUCUUCCUGCAUUUCAUUCUGUACUACUUACUGUAAUGAAAUAUACUUGAUUUCAAAACAAAUGGAUGUAAAUAGCAAUUAAAUGCAACUUUGGACAAACA